AAUAACUUGUCACAAGCAAAUUGUUGUUUUGUUUUGCCUGCUAACUAACCCAAAGGAUGUCCUCACGCUACGGUCGAGCUCUAACCAUAUUCUCGCCGGAUGGCCACCUGUUGCAGGUGGAGUACGCCCAGGAAGCUGUUCGAAAGGGCUCCACAGCGGUCGGCGUUCGUGGAGCCAAUUGUGUGGUGCUGGGUGUGGAGAAGAGCUCGGUGUCCGAGAUGCAGGAGGAUCGGACGGUGCGCAAGAUCAGCAUGCUCGAUCGCCACGUGGCGUUGGCAUUUGCCGGUCUCACGGCCGAUGCACGGAUCCUUAUAAAUCGAGGGCAGGUCGAGUGCCAGAGCCAUCGACUCAACUUCGAAAACCAGGUGACCCUCGAGUACAUCACCAGAUACCUUGCCCAGCUCAAGCAGAAGUACACGCAGUGCAAUGGACGUCGUCCUUUCGGUAUAUCGUGUCUAAUAGGAGGCAUUGACGCCGAUGGCUCUGCACGUCUCUUUCAUACCGAACCAUCCGGGAUAUUCCACGAGUACAAGGCGACCGCCACUGGGCGUUGGGCAAAUACUGUGAGGGAGUUUUUUGAGAAGGCCUAUAGCGAUCAUGAAGUGACAACCAAAUGUGAUGCCAUCAAACUAGCCAUGCGUGCCCUUCUCGAAGUAACCCAGAUGAGCCAGAUGCGCCUGGAGGUGGCCGUAUUGGAGAAUGGCAAGCCAAUGAAAAUGCUGGACAGUGUAGUAAUUUCGGAAAUAGUCAAGAUCGUUCAGAACGAAAAGGAGCUCCAAGCGAAGGCACAUAAAAUGAAGAGAUGAAUUGCUACACCUACAGAUCGUUGAUUUUUUAUGUUCAUCAAAUUGUUAUUAGAUAUUCAUGUUAUAUUGUUUUGGAGCUUUGUUU